CACGCCCAGCUGAAUUUGCGUCCCGAGGGCAAUAUUUUUUUUCUUCACUUCAAACCCCACAACUAUGCAAGAGAAUGAUGUUCUCAAAGCCGACCAGCGGCCAAAACCUAUAAUGCUUAAUGGAGCACCUACUGAGGACACAGCGCUCGUCCUCGCCGAUGGAUCGGCCUUUUAUGGUACGAAUUUCGGCUACAAAGGAAGUGUCUCGGGGGAGUGUGUGUUCCAGACUGGAAUGGUUGGAUACUCUGAGUCUCUUACUGAUCCUUCCUAUGAGGGCCAAAUCCUUGUGCUAACUUAUCCUUUGAUUGGAAACUACGGCGUGCCAAAAAGAACGAUCGAAAAGCUAAGCAAACUCCCCGAGAAUUUUGAGUCUGGUCGCAUCCAUGUUUCUGCUCUGGUGGUCGCCUACUAUUCUGAUCACUUCUCCCAUUUUCUGGCCAACUCGUCUCUUGGCGCAUGGCUCAGAGAAAGCAAAAUCCCUGCCAUGUAUGGCGUGGACACUCGAGCCCUCACGAAGAAAAUACGAGAGAAGGGAUCUAUGCUGGGUAAAAUCCUUGCGAAACGCGAAGGCCUUCCACUUCGCUCCAAGGGCCUCGCGGCAUCCACCAACCACUCAGCUAUGAGCUCACGGGCCCCUUCUCCGAGCUCAAAAAUCGGUUGGGCCGAAGAGUAUAUCGAUGUUCCUUUUUCUGACCCCAAUGUGCAGAAUUUAGUCGCCAGAGUGUCACUAGCCGCCCCCAAACUCUACCAUCCGACUUCAUCGCGCAAGCUCCACUCUUCGGGCAGGAGCCUUAGGGUGAUUGCUAUUGACGUUGGGAUGAAAUACAACCAAAUACGAUGCUUCACGAAACGGGGGAUUGAACUUAAAGUUGUGCCGUGGAACUACGAUUAUUUGGCGGCAACCGAAGAGCCAUAUGAUGGCAUUUUUAUAUCGAAUGGACCAGGCGAUCCUACGGUUAUGUCUGAAACGAUAGGGUUCUUGCGUCUUGCGCUUCAGAAAACCUCGAAACCCAUCUUCGGGAUUUGCCUGGGUCAUCAGCUCCUUGCUCUUGCGGCCGGUGCUUCCACAUCCAAAAUGAAAUACGGUAACCGUGGUCAUAACAUCCCUUGUACAGACGCGAUCACUGGACGGUGUUAUAUCACCAGCCAGAAUCAUGGUUACCAAGUCGACGUGAACACGCUUCCAUCAGGAUGGAGGGAGCUCUACAAGAACGCCAAUGACGGCAGUAAUGAGGGUAUAUACCAUACAUCCCUCCCUUAUUUUUCGGUUCAAUUCCACCCUGAAUCGACUCCUGGUCCUCGCGACACUGAAUUUUUGUUUGAUGUGUUCAUCGACAAGAUUGAAGAGAUCUUGCGCACACAUAACCCCACCCCCAUCAGUACAAUGCCCAAAUCAUCAUUAUCAAAUCAUAUCGUUCCAAAUCUCAAGCCUUCGGGGACUCUCCGCAAAAUCAUGAUCCUUGGCUCUGGAGGUCUAUCAAUUGGACAAGCGGGGGAAUUUGAUUAUUCCGGAUCCCAAGCCAUCAAGGCACUGAAAGAGGAAGGAAUAUACACGAUCUUUGUGAACCCUAACAUUGCAACGAUUGCAACUUCGAAGGGACUUGCAGACAAGGUCUACUUCCUUCCAGUAACUCCAGACUUCGUUCGACGCAUUAUCCGGUACGAACGCCCAGAUGGUAUCUAUGUAACGUUCGGUGGUCAAACAGCUCUUAACGUGGGAAUCAAACUCAAAGACGAAUUCGAGUCACUGGGCGUCCGCGUCCUUGGCACCCCCAUUGAUACAAUCAUCAAAACCGAAGACCGGGAUCUGUUCAGCCAAGCCAUGGCAGAGAUAGGCGAGAAGUGUGCUGAAAGUGCGAGUGCUACUACCUUCGACGAGGCAUCUGAAGCUGCGCAGACGAUCGGAUAUCCGGUGAUUGUCCGCGCUGCAUACGCUCUUGGAGGCCUUGGGAGCGGAUUUGCCGAGGGCGAGGAGGACUUGAAACGUCUUUGCGCGACAGCUUUUGCGACGAGCCCUCAGGUGUUGGUGGAGAAGAGUAUGAAAGGGUGGAAAGAGAUCGAGUAUGAAGUUGUGAGGGAUUGUAAUGACAAUUGCAUUACCGUUUGCAACAUGGAGAAUUUUGACCCAUUGGGAAUCCAUACUGGAGAUUCGAUCGUUGUUGCACCUUCGCAAACUCUUUCUGAUGCCGAUUACAACAUGUUGAGGACGACUGCUGUCAAUGUCAUACGACAUCUAGGAGUAGUCGGUGAAUGUAAUAUUCAGUAUGCGUUGGAUCCAUUCUCCAAGGAGUACUGUAUCAUUGAAGUCAAUGCUCGCUUGUCUCGAUCUUCCGCACUAGCAUCAAAAGCAACCGGCUACCCCCUAGCCUUUAUUGCCGCCAAACUCGGUCUUGGUAUCCCCCUUAAUGAAAUCAAGAAUACCGUGACGAAGCUGACGACGGCGUGUUUUGAACCUAGUCUUGACUAUGUGGUGGUAAAGUUCCCCCGUUGGGAUUUAAAGAAGUUCAGUCGCGUCAGCAAGCAGCUCAGUAGCUCGAUGAAGAGUGUAGGCGAAGUGAUGGCUAUUGGUCGGACGUUUGAAGAGAGUAUUCAAAAGGCAAUCCGGGCGAUCGACGAUCUGUUUAUUGGCUUCGACGUGAAUGAUUUUAGCAGUAACAUCGAUGCAGAGCUAUCGAAUCCCACGGAUAAGCGCAUGUUCGCGAUUGCAGCAGCCUUCAAAGCCGGGUAUAACGUUGAUCAAGUUUGGAAGCUCACAAGUAUCGACAAAUGGUUCCUGGCGAGGUUACUCGAGCUACACGAAUUCAACGUGUACUUAAGCGGCAAGUCACUAUCCACCAUCACUACCGAGUGCCUUCGGACGGCGAAACAAAAGGGUUUCGGCGACCGGCAGAUCGCUCGGGCACUGAACACUACCGAACUGGCUAUCCGUCAGCUUCGUAAAGAAGCCAGGAUCUUCCCCUUCGUAAAACAGAUCGAUACAGUGGCUGCUGAGUUCCCCGCCUUCACGAACUAUCUUUAUACCACUUAUAAUGCCUCCGAGCAUGACGUCGACUUUGGAGACCACGGCGUUAUGGUACUUGGUUCUGGUGUGUAUCGGAUUGGAUCUAGCGUGGAGUUCGAUUGGUGUGCUGUACGAGCCAUCAGAACUCUUCGAGAGCAAGGUCUCAAGGCGGCGAUGGUGAACUAUAACCCUGAGACGGUUAGCACGGACUAUGAUGAAGCCGACAGACUCUACUUCGACAACAUCAGUCUCGAAACAAUCCUAGACAUCUACGAUUUAGAGGGUUCCUCGGGCGUGAUAAUAUCGAUGGGCGGACAAACCCCUAAUAAUAUUGCCCUUCCGCUUCAUCGACAAAAUGUCCACAUCUACGGUACUUCUCCAGAGAUGAUCGAUACUUGUGAGAACCGGUACAAUUUCUCUCGCUUGUUGGACAAGAUCGGGGUGGAUCAACCCCACUGGAAGGAACUUUCUGAUUUUGCCAGUGCCAAAGCAUUCUGCACUGAAGUUGGAUAUCCCGUCUUGGUCAGGCCAUCCUAUGUGUUGUCGGGAGCGGCCAUGAAUGUUGUUUCCACCGAGGAUGAUUUGUCAAAUUAUCUUCAUCAAGCAACUGCCGUCUCACGCGAACAUCCUGUUGUCAUCUCGAAGUAUAUCGAAGAGGCAAAGGAGAUUGAGAUGGAUGCCAUCGCCAAAAACGGGAAGCUGGUAAUGCAUUAUAUCUCGGAGCAUAUCGAGAAUGCUGGCGUCCACUCUGGAGAUGCUACCUUGGUGCUGCCACCUCAAGACCUGGAUCCGGAGACUGUUCGACGUAUUGAAGACGCGACACGCAAGAUUGGUAAUGCACUCAACGUUACUGGCCCAUUCAACAUCCAGUUUAUCGCGAAGAAUAACGACAUUAAGGUCAUCGAAUGUAAUCUCCGUGCUGCACGUUCCUUCCCCUUUGUGUCCAAGGUUACUGGUGUUGAUGCAAUCGAGAUGGCCACCAAAGUCAUGCUGGAUCUUCCCGUCGUUCCGUACCCUGACUUGAAUCUUCCUCCUGACUACGUUGGGGUUAAAGUCCCACAGUUCAGCUUCAAUCGGCUCUCCGGAGCUGACCCUGUUCUGGGUGUCGAGAUGGCCUCCACAGGCGAAGUAGCCUGCUUUGGAAAGAACAAGUACGAGGCAUACCUCAAAGCACUCAUUUCCACCGGCAUCGUUUUGCCCGAGAAGAACAUCCUCCUAUCUAUCGGAAGUUUUAAGGAGAAGCUAGAAAUGCUGCCAUCCGUCCAGAAGCUUCACCAAGCAGGAUACAACCUACUCGGAACGGCGGGAACAGCGGAUUUCUUCACCGAACAUAACAUUCCUUGCAAGUACCUUGAAGCUCUGCCAGACAGUGGUAGUCAUACCCAGAAGUCCGAGUACUCAUUGACUCAGCAUCUCGCUAACAACAUGAUCGACCUUUACAUCAAUUUGCCCUCAAAGAACAACUAUCGUCGCCCCGCCACCUAUACGAGUAAGGGAUAUCGCACUCGGCGCAUGGCAGUGGACUUCGCCGUCCCACUGAUAACGAAUGUCAAGAUAGCGAAGCUUUUAGCUGAGGCUUUGGUUAGAAAGAUGCCGCUGGAGGUAUCGCCAAUUGACUUCAAGACCUCUCACACGACAUUCAGUCUCCCCGGCCUCAUCAAUGUUCAGGCUUUCGUACCGAGGAUGAAGCAAGGGUCCAGAGACUUCGAGCUCAUGACAAAAGCAUCAGUUAGUGCUGGAUUUACAACCGUUCAGAUCAUGCCCUUCGACGUCGAAGCCAGUGUCACGAGUGGCGAAAGUCUGGAUGUGACACGAAGCAACCUCAAAGGAGCGGCUUAUAGCAACUACGCACUGUCGAUCGCUGCCUCGGCAACUAAUGCCUCAACGCUGGACGAAGAGCUUCAGGAGGAGGCAAAAGCUUUGUUUAUUCCGUUCAAUGGCUUGUCAGACCAAAAUAUCAGCAAAGUAGCUGCAGUAGCUGCACAUUUUGCUGCCUGGCCCAAGGAGAAACCUAUCAUUACCGAUGCACGUGCUACCGACUUGGCGACAAUUCUUCUCCUUGCGAGCCUCCAUAACCGAAGCGUUCACGUUGCCGAUGUUGGCAGCAAAGAGGACAUUCAACUCAUUGCACUCAGCAAAGAAAGGGGACUGAAAGUGACAUGUGAUGUGUCUGUGUACUCUUUAUUCUUCACUCGAGAACAGUAUCCUGCGUCUACCCACUUGCCUACUUUCGCUGAUCAGCAGGCGUUGUGGAGUCAUUUAUCCUCCAUUGAUGUCUUUGCCGUGGGGACAGCACCCUACCGCUUAGCCCUCGAUCUCGGGGAAUCUUCCAGUGCCCGGAGUGGUAUCGAAGAAACCUUACCAUUGUUAUUGACUGCACAGUCUGAAGGCCAACUGACGCUGGACGAUAUUCGCGCUAAACUUCACGACAAUCCUCUGAAGAUCUUCGAGCUACCAGAGCAGCCGAAUUCUCAGGUCGAAGUCGAAAUAAAUAGAAGGACUACUUAUCUUGCUCAAGGUCCACAUUGGUCACCACUUCAGGGAGUAAUGGUGAAGGGUUGCGUUCAUAGGGUUGUCUUGCAAGGUCAAACCGUCUAUCUUGAUGGUGUGAACUUUGCAAAUCCUUUGGGUCGCGACGUUUCCGGUCUGCAAGUCAUGCCAAUCCAGCGCGCUGCUGGCAGGGCAAGUUCCUUUAUCGCAACUAAUCGGCCUUCAAUCCAAGUUGACCAGCUUGUAUCUCCUACUCUUGCUUCUGCGAGUCGUGUCACUGACGUCCUGCAAGCAUUCCAUCUCUCAACGCGGGAUAUCUCGCCGAACCGACUCGUGACUUUGCCCCCACCUCAUCCAGCGUUCCACCGACGUAGUAUCCUCAGUGUGAAACAAUUUUCGCACCUUGAUAUACACCAAUUGUUUGACCUUGCUCAUGAAAUGCGUCUGCAAGUCGAACGAAAUGGUGUUAUUGACGUGUUGCGCGGUCGGAUAUUGUGUAAUGUUUUCUACGAACCUUCCACUCGCACCAGUUCUUCGUUCGAGUCUGCGAUGAAGCGUCUUGGAGGCGAGGUCGUUACUGUCUCGGCAGACAGGUCUUCCGUCGCCAAGGGAGAAAGCCUCGCAGACACCAUUCGCACUCUUGCUUGUUAUGGAGAUGCGAUUGUCUUGCGACAUCCAACUUUGGGGGCUGUCUCCAGCGCCGCAAAAUUCUCGCCGGUACCGAUUAUCAAUGCCGGAGAUGGUGUAGGAGAGCACCCUACUCAGGCUUUGCUCGAUAUCUUCACUAUUCGAUCUGAGCUUGGUACUGUCAAUGGAAAGACUAUCACUCUCCUCGGCGAUCUUAAGAACGGUCGGACGGUCCAUAGUCUCGUCACCCUUCUCUGUUUCUACUCAGUUCGGCUAAAUUUUGUCUCGCCGCCUGAACUCACCAUGCCCGACAGUGUCACCUCUGCAGCGAGAAGAGCGAGUGUGAGCAUCACAGAGACCAACUCGCUCAACGAUGUUUUAUCUGGGACAGAUGUGCUUUAUGUCACUCGCGUUCAACAGGAACGUUUCACCGAUCUCGUCGAAUGGGAGCGGGUCCACAAGUCGUACGUCGUUGAUCACUCUGUACUUGCGAGAGCGAAGGCAGAUAUGAUCGUCAUGCAUCCAUUGCCUCGGCUAACUGAAAUUGACCCUGAGGUUGACUUUGAUUCUCGGCGCGCAGUGUACUUCCGACAGAUGCGAUACGGGCUCUUUGUCCGUAUGGCUCUGCUUGCUAUGGUGAUGGGCUAGCUGCCACCAGGUGCUUGGUCUGUAUAAAAACCCUUCGGAGAUCACCAAAAUUAGGCAUUCAGAAUUGAAAUGGACAAGGUAUUCUGCGUAGAAACGACUAGUACAUGCAUGCGAUUUAUGUAUGAUAACCAAAAAUCAAUAUGCACAUAGGAUGCAGAUAGCCUUGUAGGUCGGUCACUGAAGUUCGUUAAUUGCAGUAAUUAUGGUAAUGAAACGCUGGUCCAUGUAUGGGUAUAAACAUUUACGCCAAAGAAACGUAGUUUGCACACAGUCAGGUUUCUAACAGGAGCAAGCCCAAGGUUCCGAGGUGUCAGAUACUUGAGUGAGGGAGAUAUUCCCAGGCAUAGCAACACCAGGCUGA